AUGUCAGUAGCUUCGCCUAUUCAAUGUAUCAGGAUUCUAAAUCCAUUAUCUUCAUCUUCAUCUUCAUCUUUGACAACUUCGUCGUCUUUGAGAUUCUCAACGAGUAAGCCAUGUGUAUCCAUCAUCAGAUGUUCUCAGGCGGAAGGUCCCUUGAGAAGGCCCUCGGCUCCUCCUACUCUCCGGGAGCCUUCACCUCCACAAAAACCUGUUCCUCCUACGCCUUCUUCUCUUCCUCCACCUCCACCGCAGAAACCUGUGGCUGUUGAUGGUAAAAGUGUAACUACGGUGGAGUUUCAGAGGCAGAAAGCUAAAGAGCUUCAGGAUUACUUUAAGCAGAAGAAGCUUGAAGCUGCUGGUCAAGGUCCCUUCUUUGGUUUCCAGCCCAAAAACGAGAUCUCCAAUGGAAGGUGGGCUAUGUUUGGUUUUGCGGUGGGGAUGCUGACAGAGUAUGCAACAGGCUCAGACCUUGUCGACCAAGUUAAAAUCCUUCUCUCCAAUUUCGGCAUUCUCGACUUGGAAUAA